AUGCGUCUAACCAUGUGUUUCAUCAUCCUCGCUGGACUCAGCACUGCACAGCUGACCGAUUGGGAACGCAUCCACCAAACACUCCACCGCUACGCCCCAGUCAUCGACACGAAAGACUUCGCCCAACUAGACCAGAUCUUCUCUCCCAACGCGCACCUCAACUACACCGGCUUCCUUUCAAAUGUGAACGGAUUGCCUGCGAUUCAAGCCGGCCUGGCUCAGUCAGUCACGGGUCUGCGCACCCAGCAUCUACUCGGCACCACGAUCAUCGACAUCGACCAUGGAUUCCCAACGCUUGGCGGGAAGAAAGCCAACAGCACGACGUACUUCCAGGCGUCGCUAUUUGCUGAGGCUGGGACCAAUCUCACGACGCUCUUCGGUUACUACGUAGACGAUCUUUCCCAGGGCCAUCAGGGCUGGCGGAUCGACAAUCGGAAGCUGGUAUUUCAAGGGACCUCCGUCCAGGGAAAUGCAGCUCCGGGGCCACCCAGUCCCUAA